GUGUCUGAAGCCGUUGGCUGCUCCUGAACCGUUUGGCUCUUUCUCCACUAGCAAACAGCUCCACAAUGUACCUCAAUCGCUCUUAAAUCUAUUUUUAAACGGCUUUAUUCCGCUCCACGCCGAUGCGAACGGGACCGGACUCUUGUUUGGGAAUUUAUCUGACGAUCUGCCGCCUCAAAGCAGCUUUAUAACGCUUUGUUUGAGUACUAUUUGACAAAAUAGUCGAGGAGGUGGAAAUUCCACACAAGCAGUGAAAGGCAGUCCUUGCGUUCAUCCGGGUAUAAAAACUGUAGAGACUCCUCUUCUGCUAAGGGUUCACACUGGAGCAAGACCUGAUCACAUGGUGCUGAGACACUUGGGUUGGAUCCUUAAAAAGUGUUUGCCUUGCGGAAAUAGAGGUGAUAGUGUGUCUCCUGUGUGCUGACCUCAUGGUGUAAGCAGAUGUGAAGAUGAGUAUUAGCAGCGAUGAGGUCAACUUCCUGGUGUAUAGAUACCUGCAGGAGUCUGGGUUUUCCCACUCGGCCUUCACGUUCGGCAUUGAGAGCCACAUCAGUCAGUCCAACAUCAAUGGCGCCCUAGUGCCCCCUGCUGCCCUGAUCUCCAUCAUCCAGAAGGGCCUGCAGUAUGUGGAGGCUGAAGUCAGCAUCAAUGAGGACGGCACGCUGUUCGAUGGGCGACCGAUUGAGUCUUUGUCAUUGAUUGAUGCGGUGAUGCCUGAUGUGGUACAGACCCGUCAGCAGGCGUACCGAGACAAACUCGCCCAGCAACAGGCCGCCACAGCGCCCUCAGCAACCAGCACCAACAUGCAGGGCAACACCAAAAAUGGAGAAAACACCGCAAACGGAGAGGAGAACGGUGCUCACACCUUACCUAAUAACCAUGCAGACAUGAUGGACGUGGACAUGGAUGUGGAGAUCCCUCAGAAUAAAGCCAUGGUGCUGAGAGGUCACGAGUCGGAGGUCUUCAUCUGCGCCUGGAACCCCGUCAGUGAUCUGCUCGCCUCCGGUUCUGGAGACUCGACGGCACGCAUCUGGAAUCUGAGUGAGAACAGCAGUAGUAGCUGUACACAGCUCGUCCUCAGGCACUGCAUACGGGAAGGUGGCCAAGACGUGCCCAGCAACAAAGACGUCACAUCGUUAGAUUGGAACAGUGAAGGUACACUAUUAGCCACAGGAUCAUAUGACGGCUUUGCAAGAAUAUGGACGAAAGAUGGUAAUCUGGCCAGUACCCUGGGUCAACAUAAAGGUCCAAUAUUUGCUUUAAAAUGGAACAAAAAAGGAAACUUUAUCCUAAGCGCUGGUGUUGAUAAGACAACAAUCAUUUGGGAUGCUCACACAGGGGAAGCCAAACAGCAGUUCCCGUUUCAUUCAGCACCGGCUCUGGACGUGGACUGGCAGAGUAACAACACGUUUGCCUCCUGUAGCACAGACAUGUGCAUCCACGUGUGCAAACUGGGCCAGGACCGACCCAUUAAGACAUUCCAAGGACACACAAAUGAAGUUAACGCAAUCAAAUGGGAUCCAACUGGUAACCUGCUGGCGUCAUGUUCUGAUGAUAUGACUCUUAAGAUCUGGAGUAUGAAACAGGACACUUGUGUUCAUGAUUUGCAAGCUCAUAGCAAAGAAAUCUAUACCAUCAAAUGGAGCCCCACAGGUCCAGGAACCAACAACCCCAAUGCCAAUCUAAUGCUGGCCAGUGCUUCCUUUGACUCCACUGUUCGGCUCUGGGAUGUAGAUCGGGGCAUCUGCAUCCACACACUAACCAAACACCAGGAGCCCGUGUACAGCGUGGCCUUCAGCCCUGACGGACGCCAUCUAGCCAGCGGCUCUUUUGACAAAUGCGUCCACAUCUGGAACACACAGACUGGUGCUUUAGUCCAUAGCUACAGGGGGACGGGGGGCAUUUUUGAAGUUUGCUGGAAUGCAGCAGGAGACAAAGUAGGAGCAAGUGCGUCGGAUGGCUCUGUUUGUGUAUUAGAUCUGCGGAAAUAGCGCUGCUUGCUGGAAGCCAUGGACCGACUAUGAAUGUGUACAUAGCCAAAAUGACUGUCCCUGACCCUCAAACUGCUACAGUCCCUAGUGAACCAUGGCCAGCCACUACAGACAAACAAACACAAGCACCCCGAUGCCCCAGGCUGAGCGGGGAGGAUGUGAUUCCAACCAGAGACAUUCAAAAGACUUCUGUAAGGUGGAAACAACAACAACAGUAUAACAGAGGAAGAAGAAAGACAAGAGGACUGGUAUAUGUACCAAAUUUGGAAGAUAUUUUACUAUUUGUUCUUCAAAAUCUCAUCAAAAUAAACGAACGAAAGGAUUUUAUUCUUUGUUAGUAGAUUCCGUUUCAGUCAAAUACCCCCCCUCUGCACAAUUGAUUUUGAUUUGAAACAGCUGCAUGAUUCCAGGACUCAUGUUUUCCUCCAUUUGACACACGUACAGAUAUUAAGUCUUUUUGGUACUGGAUGUUUUGUGAUUUCAACAGUGUGGGGACAUGAGAAAAAAAACAAAAAUCUUUAUCGUUCUUCAGUUUUAGUUUUUAUGCUAUGGUGUAACUGUAAUCUCCCCUUCCCCCUUGUACCCUGUUUCUCCACCAAAUGAGAGGUACAUUAACCACAAAAAAAAAGAAAAAAAAAAAAGCCACGCACAUCCACAGGAAAUGCAUUUGUUCGCUCAUACUACUGUAUUUAGUUGGUAAAUAUCCCCCUUAAAAUCAACACAUCCAGCCCUCAGUUCAAGCUGAGGACCGUUUGACAUGCAUACAGACUGAAAACAGAAAGACUUGUUUUAGGUUUGCAAUAUUUUGAAUUAAACCCAUCAGCUUAUUUUUCAUACUUUUGUACUUCGUUUUAAUAAUUGGAUUAUUUCUGCAAUUAAUUGUCUUUCGGUUUCAACUGUAAAAAAAAAAUCUAUUACACAGUAUGCUGCAAAUCAAAAUUCGGCAUGUUUUUGAUCCAGAACUUAAACCUGAAGCAAGUCUGUUGCACAGAACAUUGCUCAAAUAUCUAAGAAAGACAUCAUUUUGAUGCUUUUGAAAAUAAAAGCUCAUUUUUGGGAUUCUCUGCACUGCCAUGUAAUGAGAUGCUGAUGCUCAGUCAUCGGCUGCAUGGGGAGAGUCUGUAAUAAUGUGCUUUUGUUUUUCUCAGUGUUUAGACAGUGAAGGUUUUCAAUGCCUUGACCAUCAAGGGGGAAAAAAAUGUCAAACCCCAAGAAUGCAAAGUUCUCUUUCUGUCCCAUGAAAGAGGCUCUGAAUCUCUGUUUAAGUCCCACACAAAGAUAUUUUAGGAUAUCGGUGUUUAAACUUAAAUUUUACACAAGGGUGUUGUAUUUUGAGAUGUGCAAAACGGAUCAAAAAACCCAUCUGAACACUAUUUAUUACAGCCUACGACAACAGAAGGGUGUCUGGGUCGCCCCUUUGCUCUUCUCUGUAAUCGCCCCAGUGUCUGCCUGCCCCAAAGCAACCUUCAGUUCUUCAGCGUCAUUUCUAAUUAUUCUUACUGCAUCUGUGGCUCCUGGACUUUUUGUACUCUUUUAAAACUUUUGUAAUUCAUAUUUCUUUGUAGCUAUAAAAAAAGGACUAAAGAAAUAAGCAAAAAGAGAGAAAAAAAGAAAUAAAACCCGAACCAACUACUGGAGGUCGGUUUGAGGGUGUACAGCUUAGACCUCAGUUCUGCUCACUCUUCAGAUGUCCCCACACCUGAUCUUUGUUUCCCCAGUCAAAUGUUUUUGGUUGAAAAAUUCCCCCUGCAUUGCAUUGGUCUGUUGUCAUUUGAAUCAGAUCUGGAGUCCAAAAUAAAGUAUAUUUUGAUAUUA